CUUCAGGUGAGAAUCGUUUUUACACUCGGACGAAGGGGACACUCCUGACAGCGGCAGAAACUAGCGGCGUCAUUCGACACUGUCGGCUGCAGUGAAUAAUUCAGACAUUUUUGGACGUUCAGCGAUAAUUCUGAAAGUAGUUGGUUUUGUUGAGAACUGUGGAAAGUCCGCAAUCUUCUGAAAUACAGUUGUUACCCUCAUCUCUACCAAACUAGAUCCAAGGUCAAGAAUGUUCCAGUUUACUUUUACCAGCCCAGCUGUGUCUACAGUGUUGUUAUUAACCCUUGUAACUAUCGUGACCGUUACCCCCGAAGAGAGAGAAGCCUUCUUCAAAUAUUUCGGGCCUGAUUAUUCCUAUAGCUACAUUCGCUCAUCUUCAGUGAAAAAAUCUUACACGGUUCGAAGUGUAACAGGAUGUGCUUUCGCCGCUUUAAACAAUGAUUCGGAAUUUUUCAGUUACAACAAAAUCAGCCAGGUUUGUACGAUUUACACACCGAAUGAUACGCUGACAAUGAUUAGCAAGCAAGAUAGCAACGAGAUGUCCUACUACAAACGAAGCCCCUACAACCCUUGGCUUAAAGUAUAUGCCUUAUCGCACAAAGCUGGUUCGAAGUUGUACGAUUCCUUUUUGAAUGUCGGGAGCCCUUCAACAUGGAACGUGGACAAAUGCAGCGGUACUUUUUGUCCUAACUUCUUCCGACAUCCCAUCCUUGAUAUCUGGAAUCUUCUUCCAAUUGACGAGGUGAAAAUGGUAUUAUAUGAAAACCAAAAGGCAGUUGUAAAUAUGGUUUUUGAUGGACGAAAUUCAACCAUUACAGACUGGUUUAGUAUCAAUAAACUGAAAAGCAGUCCUUGGAAUGACUUGACUCCGAACAACGUGGACACAUUUAGAUUUAAAGGUAUAAAUCGCUUUUUCCAUAUAGGAAGCUCUACGAAUUGUAAUGACAACCGAGGCUGGUUGAGUAUACUUCAGUUUAAAGGAGGUUGUUUGUAUACGCAUGUACAACAUUUCCCUGUUUUCUCCUAUUCGAACAGAGAUUCGGAAAUCUUUUGGAAGAACGGGUACGGAGAAGCCGACACCUUGAACAUAUUAAUCCGCCUGGGAUCGAACUAACCAGUCACACGAACUUCUCUGCGACCAUAAAAUAAUAAUAAUAAUGAUAAUAAUAAUAAUAAUAAUAAUAAUAAUAAUAAUAAU